AUGGAGCUACCCGGGAGAGACGAGCAGCAGCCACCGCAGGAGCCCUGGGGGAGGCUCCUUCGUCUAGGCGCCGAGGAGGGCGAACCGCAAAUCCUUCUGUGGAAACGCGAGUGGACCAUCGGAAGGAGGAGAGGUUGUGACCUCUCUUUUCCCAGCAAUAAACUGGUCUCUGGAGAUCACUGUAAACUUAUAGUGGAUAAAAAAUCUGGUCAGGUGACACUGGAAGAUACCAGCACCAAUGGAACAGUAAUCAACAAGCAGCGAGUUGUUAAGAAGCAGACUUACCCUUUACAGAGUGGGGAUAUCAUCUAUUUGGUAUACAGGAAGAAUGAGCCAGAACACAAUGUGGCAUACCUCUAUGAAUCUCUAAAUGAGAAACAAAGCUUGCCUCGAGAAUCCUUUGAAGCCAAUAAAGAAAGUAUGUUCCAUGUGACCAAAGAUUCCUCAGGUCCAGGGCAGGGUGAUGACCUCCUGGUUCCACCAUUGUCACCCGUGGCUCAAACAUGCUUAGAGGAACCACAGCCAUCAACAUCGACAUCAGACCUCUUCCCCAUGGCCUCUACCUCUUCUAUGGAGCCAGAGCUGACCUCUGCAGGGCAAAAGCAUUCCUCUAGCUCUGGACUUGGGAAUGCAGGAAUCUCCCCAAAAGAAUGUAAUUCACUUGUUGAAAAUGGUGAACUCUCUAGCCUUUCUCCAGUUCUCCAAGACAAAGAAGCAUCCUUUUCUUUGUUGGAAACCGAAGACCAUGAGGAAUUGGAGCCUGCCAAAAAAAAGACGAAAGGAGAUGGGGAGCUUGACUUGAACCUGCAGUUACUGGUUGCAGACCAGCAUGGAAAUGCCCAAACCUCACUUCAGGAUGUCAGAGUUGCCUCUGUAAAGCCAGACAAGAUGGAGGAGACACUAACCUGCAUCAUCUGUCAAGACCUUCUGCAUGACUGUGUGAGUUUGCAGCCUUGUAUGCACACAUUUUGUGCGGCUUGCUACUCUGGCUGGAUGGAGCGUUCAUCUCUGUGCCCUACGUGCCGAUGUCCAGUGGAGCGGAUCUGCAAAAACCACAUCCUGAAUAACCUCGUGGAAGCAUACCUUACCCAGCACCCAGAUAAGUGUCGCAGUGAAGAAGAUGUGAGAAAUAUGGACGCAAGGAAUAAAAUCACUCAAGAUAUGCUGCAACCCAAAGUCAGGAGGUCUUUCUCUGAUGAAGAGGGGAGUUCAGAGGACCUACUAGAGCUGUCAGAUGUGGAUAGUGAAUCCUCGGACAUCAGUCAGCCAUAUAUUGUAUGCAGACAGUGUCCUGAAUACAGAAGACAAGCAAUGCAGUCUCUUCCUUGCCCAGUCCCAGAUAGUGAGCUGGGAACUACACAGGCCCUUGGUGGGGAAGCACCAUCAACAUCUGCCAGCUUGGCAACAACAACCCAGGAUUAUAUGUGCCCUCUUCAAGGAAGCCACGCCAUAUGCACCUGCUGCUUCCAGCCUAUGCCUGACCGGAGAGCUGAGCGUGAGCAGGAUUCCCGUGUUGCCCCUCAGCAGUGUGCAGUGUGCCUGCAGCCCUUCUGCCAUUUGUAUUGGGGCUGCACCCGGACUGGCUGCUUUGGCUGCUUGGCCCCAUUCUGUGAGCUCAACCUGGGGGACAAGUGCUUGGAUGGAGUGCUGAACAAUAACAACUAUGAGUCAGACAUCCUGAAGAAUUACCUGGCAACCAGGGGUAUGACAUGGAAAAAUAUGUUGGCAGAGAGUCUUCUGGCUCUACAGAGGGGUGUAUUUCUACUGUCUGAUUACAGAAUCAAUGGAAACACUGUGUUGUGUUACUGCUGUGGUCUGCGUAGCUUCCGAGAGCUGACCUACCAGUAUCGGCAGAACAUUCCUGCUUCUGAGUUGCCAGUGGCUGUAACAUCCCGUCCUGAUUGCUACUGGGGCCGUAACUGUCGCACUCAGGUGAAGGCUCACCAUGCUAUGAAAUUCAAUCACAUCUGCGAACAGACAAGGUUCAAGAACUGAACGUUGGAGGAUACACAUAAAACAGCUACAGAGCAUAGGAGGCAAUGACACUGUGUUUUUAAAAAUACCACAUACAAACACUUUUAAGGGCAUUUUUAGAGUUCUCCUUUUAUAGUUCCAGCACUGGGGGUUUCUGGUCAGGCACUCUGGUAUGUAUAGCUUUUCCCUUUGUGGAGCUUUAACUUCAAACACACACACACACAAACUUAACUUCAGACACACACACACACACACACACACACACACCACGUGCCCCAGUAACCUAUACAUACACACCCACACCAUUUGUCCCAGUAACCUGGGAGCCUACUGGCCACAUGGCCAGGAGGAUCAGUGCAGGAGGAUCAACAGAUUAAGAUCUCUCUCCCACUGGACAGCUGACUCUUCCCUUGUGUGUGGUGAGGCAAUGACAGUGCAGGUUUAUACUUUUGUAUCUUUUAUACCUUGUACCUUGACUACAGUUAAAAUGGAAACGGUUUUCAUGGGGAAAAGGGUCAGGGAUGUCAGAAGCAUUCUAUGUAAGGAAAGGAAGCGUAAGUUUACAGCCUCCAGGGAUGUACAGGAUAUUCUUCCAUCUGGAAAGCCACAGUUUUUUGUAUAUUUUUUAUUUUAAUAGGUUUGGUGCUUAUCUUCUAAUAAGAUUAAAAUAUUAAAAAAUGUAGCACAAAUAUUAUAACUUAUAAUUUACAAAUUGACUGAAAUUGGGAAUAGUCUGAUAUUUGAAAGAAGCAUAUGUUUCUGUAUUUAAAAAAAAUUAAAUGCCCAAAACUGCUAAUCCUGAGGAGGAUGUCUUGAGUAUCCAGGUUCUUGACACAAGGCUGGCCAAUGCCUUGUAUGCGGCAGGGUGCAGCCUCUGCCCUUAGCCCUCUAGUCCCUGAGAGCAGCCUCCUGCUGAAACUCCAGAUGGCUCCAGACUGAUAGGGCUUCUGCUUUCUAAGCUCUGUGCUGGUACAUUAGGUUUGUCAUGUCAUCUGGAAUAAUACUUGAAAUUUUGUUUUUUGGUUUUUUUUUUAAGCUUUUUUAUCUUUUAUUGAAAUCGCCUGUUAUGUUUGUUUGCAAACUGCUAACUUUUUGCUUCUCAGGAAUACACUUUUCAACUGUUGUCUUGCUCUUGAUACAGACUGAGAGGCAGCACUCUGUAUUUGUGGGAGGUUUUCUUUUUUUUUUUUAUUCUAAUAAAUGAGCUGUGUUUGUUUCUC